AUGAUGUUUCACAGCUCAACCAUGUUUGAAAUGUUGGUAAAGCCUGAUGACGUGAUAAAUUUGAAGAAGUGGUAUAAAGUCUUGAACAUUAGAGAAGAAAUCAUUUGCCAGGAUCACAGUGGAUCGAAUCAUAACACUAAUCAUCGCAGCUUGUUCAUCGCACGAUUGUCCUGUGUAUCGGCUUGGAUUCUGGCUUCAAUUCUCAGUCUGCCUUUUACAAUGUUAAGAGAGACUUACACAAAAAAUAAUAAAACAUACUGCCGGCUUUAUCAACCUGAUAAAGACAAUUAUGAAUUGUAUGGAAGGUUGAGCAUCAUCAGAUUUGUGUUUGGCUUUUUGGUUCCUCUCAUAUGCAUCACAACAUGUUACGGAUUCAUUGCACACAAAUUAGGCAGGAGUCAUUUUCACUCUGGACGAGUGUUACGUAUAAUUUUGGCUGUAAUUGUGGCCUUUUUUCUGUGCUGGUUGCCGUAUCAAAUAUUGCGUUUGAUAAUAAUGUACGGAAAGAAAUCAAGUCGCCCGGUGGCUUUAGCAGUGAAUAUGUUGACCAUCUCUUUGGCGUAUUUCAACAGCUGUCUGAACCCCAUUCUGUAUGUUUUCAUGGGGCAGGAUUUUAAGAGCAAUGUUAAACUUUCUCUAAGACGUGUUUUUGAAAGAGUUUUCACUGAGGAGGGAACACAAGCAUCACAAUGCACACAGCCUCAACACACACACUCAGUGUAGAGAAGAUAUCAGCUCAUUUAUACUAUAUAUACUGUUUUCUGUUUUCUGAUUGAUUUGUAUUACUAUUUUGAUGAUGUUUUAAUUAUUUCUUCUCUAAAUUCAUCAACUUGAAGUCAGCAAGUCAUCUAACUCUGAUUCAUCAUUCCUGUAUGUUUCUCUCUGUAUUGUUGAUGUAUUUUCAGUGAUUGGUGAUUUGUGAACUAUCGUCAAAGCUUAAUCUUACAACGAUAGAAUACUGAUGCUUGAUUUACUUUUUUGGUUGCUAUCAGCUUAGAAAUAGCUUUUAAUAUGAAUUCAUAAGAAUGGCAUGUGGUUUCUAUGCUGAAUUCAACAAGAAAAAAAAUAUAUAUACAGAAUUUGCAUUCACUUUAGUGAAGAUAUCGACUAAUUUAUUCAGUUUUCUGAUUGAUUUGUGUUAUUAUUCUAAAACUAUUGAACUAUUUCUCAUCAGAAUUCAUCAAGUCAAACUUAGCAAGUCAUCUAACA